AUGAAUUGGUGGGUGAUGGAUUUGAGCACCCCUGCUUGUAUUGGCAAGGUACCUUGUAGUGACUCAGUUUAUCUUCCUGCCGGCCAUGUUUGCAUCUUAAAAUCAGAGCCUGUUUGGUAUGAACGUAAAUAUACUAGAGAACAAUCCGGACUGGCGCUGGUGUCUUCUUGUCGUACCAUACUACUUCUAACUAUCUCUGUUUGGUUAUUGUUCAAAUACAUGAAGAUCGAGACACAAGUGGAAAACCAAUUUAACCAAUGGAAAGUCAAAUUCAGGGCGAGGAAAGGGAAUCAAAAGAACAGAGGUACAGCAAGACCUCCAGUCUAG